GUAAUCUGGAUGUGCCAUAAUUCAACACAUUAAUGACCCUCUAUCAGUUUUCCAGCAUAUAUACUAGUCCGCUGGUAGUCACCGAGUUUUUCCCAGUUAUAUUCAAAUUCGAUGGGGAGAGGAUGAUGGCCUCGGAGUCCUACUUUUGGGACAUGUAUUCAACGACCAUGCAAGCCAUCAACUUUUACUAUUACCUUCUCAUAUCCGAUGAAAAGAACAAAUCCAUUGGUGUUAAGUCAAAGGAUACUGUUGCUUUUGUGGAGAAAAACUUCUUACAGGGUAUCAAAGAGGCUUUGAACCACUACUUGGAUACUUACCAUGAGAAGAAGAAGGAGUUUGAAGGUCAUGUACAUUCAGGGGAUCACACCCACACUGCGGAUUCGAAAUCCAGUCCACCUAUUUCGAGCUAUGAACUUGGCGGUAUUGAUGAGGAUAAAUUGACUGCAACAGAAGAGUUAGAGUUGAUUAAUUCACGAGUUAUGAAUUUGUCUAUCAUGCAAGAUGUAUUGGAUAGAGUGCAAGCUUUGUUAGAUAGCUAGGUUAUAAUAAUAUCGCAUAAGCCCAGCUUGUUGCCGCAUUUUUUCAAAUUAUGAAUUGGCAAUUGCUGGUCCGGUUUGGCUGCCUUUCGCGUCGGUGG